UGGAGAACAAAACGGCCGCCACCGUCAUGGCCCAGGAUUUCUCGUUCCAAACUCAGCUGGAGCCGAAUGCUGAAAGGGAUGGACACGCCCGGACAGGUCUCGGCUACAGAAAUGGAACCGUGACAGUCCUGUUAAAAGAGCUUUUAGGUCUGCCAUUAUUGCCUGCAGAGAAGCAGGAACGUGGAGUCUUUCGGAGCAGGGAAGCCCGACUGAAGAGCCGUCCAGAGGCGCCGGCCACCCCGGCGUGGGACAACUUGCAUCCUCCACCGUUGACGCAGAGUGACGAUAUCGAGGCCUACUUGGCCACCUUCGAGCGCGUGGCCGAGGCCUGUUCGUGGCCGAGGGAAGAGUGGACGGCACGGCUCGCGCCAUCCCUGCGUGACACGGCCCACUUGGCCUAUCGCGCCCUCGGUGCCUGCAACCGAAAGGACUACGAGAAGCUGAAGGAGGCCGUUUUGAAAGCCUACAACGUCACCGCAGAGACACGGCGCCGACGCUUCCGGCAGUUCCGUUACCCGGAGGCCGGAUGUCCUCUGGAGGUCUGCGGACAGCUCCAGGAUCUUUGCUAUCGGUGGCUGAAACCGGAGAGACACACGAAGGAGCAUAUCUUGGAGUUGCUGGUUCUGGAGCAGUUCCUGUCUAUCCUGCCCGGCGAAACCCAGAACUGGGUCACAGAACGAAACCCCGAGACGUGUCAACAAGCAGUGGCCUUGGUGGACGGUUUCCUGCAGAAGCGCCGAGAGGCCAAGCUCUGGGAGGAACAGCGGCAGGAACUGAGCGCAGAUUUGCAGGAGAAAGAACCAGCGACAUCAGGACCCAGGCAGGAUUUGGCCUCCCAGGAGACAGGAGGGCGAGAGAUGGUUACGAACCAAAACUUGCCAGGUAGUACAACGACCCCAAAAGAGGAAGAGACUCCGUCGCAAGAGAACAAGGAGACAGAGGAGCCCACCAAGAGCUCCCCAGGAAGACGCGUAGGAGACGUUUCCCUGGAUCGUGACGAGGAGUGGGCAAGCGUUCUCCAAGUGAGAUUGCCAAAAGAUUUGGCCAGAAUGCUACAAAAGCAGGACCGUCAGGGCGCAGGACACGCUCAAGUUCAGGAUACUGAUGCCGGACGAGGAGGGAAACCGUCCGUCAGUCAAGAGCAAGGGAGGAUCUUUUGCAGCCAAACAGGGCUUCUUGGGGACACGACAGCGCUUCCCGAAGAGCGUCCGAACCAGUGCCCCACCUGCAGGAGGAGAUUCAGCGAUGCCUCGGUCCUUCGCGAGCACCUCAAGAGCCAUCUGGCCGAGAAGCGGUACCAGUGCACCGAGUGCGAGAUGCGUUUCCGACAGAGCUCGGAUCUCAUCAAGCACCAGAGAAUCCACACAGGGGAGAAGCCAUACCAGUGCCGGGAGUGCGGGAAGACUUUCAGCCUAUGCUCAGCUCUGUACCGGCAUCACCGGGGACACUCCGGGGAGAAGCCCUUCAAGUGCAAGAUCUGUGGGAAAGGCUUCACGCGGAACUCCAGCCUGGCGCAGCACCACCGACUCCACAAACAAUAGGGACCGAAUCGAAACAAUGGGGGGACACCAUUUGGGGUCUGAGGGUCCCAUGGGGCUGUACAAAGAUUACACUGUGUACAACG